AUGUCGAAGCUACUCUCUCUCACCCCCCUCUUCCUCUUCUCGGCCCUGGCCUCGGCUGCCACCAAUAACCACCACGGCCACCACGGGUGCGAUGACAAGUUCAACGCGGACUGCUACGCCUCGGGCAACGUGAUCACCCGCGACGUGGCCAUCAUCGGCGGCGGCUCGUCGGGCACCUUUGCGGCCAUCACGCUCAAGGACCUCGGCAAAUCCAUCGUCGUCGUCGAGAAGGCCGCCCAGCUCGGCGGCCACGUCGAGACCUACACCGACCCUACCACCGGCCAAACCGUCGACUACGGCGUGCAGGUCUUCUGGAACACCUCCGUGGUGACCGACUUCUUCGCCCGCGUCAAGGCCCCGGUGAAGGCCUUCUCCCCGCCUUCGGUCCGCCCCACCACCAUCUACGCUGACUUCUCCACGGGCGAGAACGUCACCGACUUCACCCCCAGCUCCGACUGGUCCGCCUACAAGACCGAGCUGGCCAAGUACCCUUACUUCAACCGCGGCUUUGAGCUGCCCACCCCGGUCCCUGAGGACCUGGCUUUGCCUUUCGGCGAGUUCGUCAAGAAGUACGACCUCCAGGACAUCGCCUACUCCGCUUGGGUGGCCCCGGCCGUCGGUGGCUUCGGCACCAUCCUCGACGUCCCCACGGCCUACAUCUUCAAGGCCCAGGGAGACGUGACCUUCUCCGAGAGCAGCCCCGGCGCAGCCCUGGUGUCCGCCACCAACAACAACCACCAAGCCUUUGCCAACGCGCAAACCGAGCUCGCCUCUAACAUCCUCCUCUCCUCUACCGUGUCUGCCGCCUCCCGCCCGGCCGCCGGCGCCAAUGGCCCCGUAAAGCUCGUCGUCAACACCCCCUCAGGCACCAAGCUCGUCAUCGCCUCCAAGGUGCUCUUCACCGCGGGCCAAACCACCUCCAACCUGGCCCCCCUCGCUCUCGACUCCACCGAAACCGCCGUCUUCAGCCAACUCAAACAAACCGGUUUCUUCUCCGGCCUCAUCUCCAACACCGGCCUCCCUGCCACCAUCUCCUACCAAAACGCCGGUCCCUCCGCCGACACCUUCCACAUCCCCGAGGGUACCUCCAACGUGAUGCACCUUUCCCCCACCGCCCUGACCGGCGUCCACUCCUUCUGGUACCAGUCUGACUCGCCCGUGUCUGCGGAUACCGCUAAGCAAGCCGUUCAGGCCGCUGUGGCGCAGUUUGCGGGGGAGAGCAACGGCGCGGCUACUAAGUUUGUGGCGUUUGGGGACCACACCCCCGGUGGACUGUAUGCGCCGCAGGAGGCGACGGCGAACGGGUUCUGGGCCAAGUUGAAUGCCCUGCAGGGGUAUAGGGGUGUGUGGUAUACCGGGUUGUUGUUUGAGCCUGCGAGUGGGCCGUUGUGGGUGUUUACUAAGGACCUGAUUACGGAUAUGUUUGCUUAG